AUGAAAGCACUAAAACAUCAUAUUAUAUUUACCAUUAAUCAACCUUCCCACCCCCAGGUUCGAGCGAUGAUGCGACCCCCUGCAGGUGUACGAAUGGUGAUAGAAGCGGUGUGUAUCAUGCAAAGUGUUAAAGCUAAGAAAGUUGCCGGGGAGAAGAUCGGAACCAAAGUUGAUGAUUAUUGGGAGCCCGGGAAAGCUUUGCUGCAAGAUCCUGGCAAGUUCCUUGAUUCCUUGUUCAAAUACGACAAAGACAACAUCCCAGAAACAGCGAUCACUAAGAUCCAGCCAUAUAUCGAUAAUGAAGACUUCAUGCCCGCUGCCAUUGCUAAAGUUUCCAAAGCUUGCACGUCCAUCUGCCAAUGGGUCAGGGCUAUGCAUAAAUACCACUAUGUAGCGAAAGCUGUAGCGCCAAAGCGAGCCGCGCUAGCUCAAGCACAAACGGAACUUGCGGCCACACAGAAGAUAUUGGAUGCUGCUAAGAGCAAGUUGGCUGAGGUGGAGGAUGGGAUUGCGACGCUGCAAGAGAAAUAUACUCAGUGUGUAAACAAGAAGGAAGAACUUGAGAUGAAAUGCAACCAAUGUGAGGAGCGCUUAGUACGAGCUGAUAAACUCAUUAAUGGGUUAGCUGAUGAAAAGAUAAGAUGGCAUGAAACGGUGACGUCACUCGACCACAUGAUUGCUAACAUCAUCGGUGACGUUAUGGUGUCUGCGGGCUUCGUGGCUUACCUUGGUGCCUUUACUGGUGAAUACCGUCACGAUUUGCUCCUCGAUUGGAAGACCCACCUCGAUGAGUUAAAGGUUCCACGAACCGAGCACCCAACUCUGGUGUCCACACUCGGUGACCCAGUGAAAAUUAGGAACUGGCAAAUCUAUGGACUACCCAGGGAUAACUUGAGUGUGGAGAAUGGUGUUAUUGUACAAUAUUCACAAAGAUGGCCGCUGUUUAUUGACCCACAAGGACAAGCGAACAAAUGGGUAAAAAGUAUGGAGCGCGACAACGGGCUCGACGUUAUUAAACUAACGGACCGAGAUUUCUUGAGAAGUUUAGAAAACGCUGUGAGGUUUGGGAAACCAAUGUUGUUGGAGAAUGUACUGGAGGAAUUGGAUCCAGCCAUUGAACCUAUAUUGCUCAAACAGAUAUUCAAGCAACAAGGAGGAAUGGUGAUCAAGCUAGGAGACGCCAUCAUACCCUACCAUGAUGACUUUAAACUGUACAUCACCACUAAGCUUCCCAACCCACAUUAUACACCUGAAGUGUCUGUGAAAGUAACAGUGGUGAACUUUACUCUUGCACCGAGUGGUUUGGAGGAUCAGCUCCUCGGAAGAGUUGUUGCAGAGGAGCGUCCGGAUCUUGAAGAAGCCAAGAAUCAACUCAUUGUAACAAACGCAAAGAUGAAACAAGAGCUGAAAGACAUUGAGGACCAGAUACUGUACAGGUUGAGUGCAAGUGAAGGGAACCCGGUGGAUAACGUGGAGCUUAUUGAAGUGUUGGAACAAUCCAAAGUGAAAGCUGGGGAGAUUAAGGCGAAAGUUGUAAUAGCAGAGCAGACAGAGAAGGACAUUGAUGUGACAAGAUCCCAAUACAUUCCUGUAGCUGUGAGGACACAAAUCCUUUUCUUCUGUGUAUCUGACCUCGCCAAUAUAGACCCCAUGUACCAAUACUCGCUGGAGUGGUUCGUUGGUAUCUUCCUCAACAGUAUCGCUAAUGCUGAACGAGCUGAUACUGUUGAGAAGCGGAUAGUGAACAUCAACGAUUACAACACCUUUAGUUUGUAUUCCAACGUAUGCAGAUCGUUGUUUGAACGACACAAACUUAUGUUCGCUUUCCUGCUUUGCGUCCGAAUCCAAAUGAAUGAGAACCUCAUUGACCCCGAUGAAUGGAGAUGGUUAUUGGCUGGUGGGACACACGCCCCAGAUAAAUUGGCCAAUCCCAGCUCAGAUUGGUUGUCGGAUCGGUCAUGGGGAGAUUUCCAAAUGUUGGCGGCGUUGCCAAAAUUCUCGAACUUUGCGAAGGACUUCGCGAAUCACUUGGAAGGAUUCAAGAAGAUCUUUGAUUCUGUUGAACCUCACAGGGAAGAUCUACCUGGAUGUUGGAAUGAGGAUCUGGACGACUUCCAGAAGAUUAUUAUGUUGAGAUGUCUACGUGCUGAUAUGGUUACGAGCGCGAUGCAGGAUUACGUUGCAAAGUUCAUGGGUCAGCGGUUCAUCGAGCCCCAAACCAGCGACCUCGGCGUCGUGUUCAAAGAGUCGUCCCCCGUUACCCCGCUUAUAUUCGUGCUUUCAACUGGUACCGACCCGGCAGCAGACCUUUACAAGUUUGCAGAGGAAAUGAGGUUUUCAAAGAAACUUUCGGCUAUAUCUCUAGGACAGGGACAAGGCCCACGAGCUGAAGCUUUAAUAAGAAGCGCCAUGGAUCGGGGAAAAUGGGUUUUCUUCCAGAAUUGCCAUCUUGCCCCAAGUUGGAUGCCUAACUUGGAAAGAUUGAUCGAAUCUAUUGACCCUGAUAAGGUACACCGAGACUUCCGCUUAUGGUUGACCUCGAUGCCCAGCAACCAAUUCCCCGUAGCCAUCCUACAGAAUGGCAGCAAGAUGACGAUUGAACCCCCACGUGGCAUCAAAGCUAAUCUACUACGAGCGUAUAUAGCACAGAACGAUGAUUUCCUGAAUUCUUGCACCAAGGUGUCCGUGUUCAAGUCCCUCCUCUUCUCCCUGUGUCUCUUCCAUGGCGUUGCCAUCGAGAGACGAAAGUUUGGCGCUCUUGGUUUCAACAUCCCAUAUGAGUUUACCACCGGUGACUUGAGGAUCUGCAUAUCUCAACUUAAGAUGUUCCUUGAUGAAUACGAAGAUAUCCCAUUCAAGUGCUUAACAUACACAGCGGGUCACAUCAACUAUGGGGGUCGUGUCACUGAUGAUUGGGACCGAAGAUGUAUGAUGAAUAUUUUAUCAGAUUUCUAUAGCUUUGAUGUCUUGAAAGUGGAUCAUAAAUAUUCAGCUGCUGGAACUUAUAGGCAGAUUGAUACUGCUUGUGAUAAUAAUGGUUACAUUCAAUACAUACGAAGCCUUCCAAUCAACGACACUCCUGAAAUAUUCGGCAUGCACGACAAUGCAAAUAUCACGUUCGCACAAAACGAAAGUUUUUCGACGCUAAACGCGCUCAUUCAUCUCCAACCAAAGUCAACGUCCGCUGCCGGGUCGAGUGAAGAGGCGGUGGAAGAAGUGACAAAAUCGAUCCUCGCAGAAGUUCCAAAACCGGUUCCGAUUGAUGAGAUCAUGGAAAAGUACCCGGUACUUUACGAGGAGUCCAUGAAUACCGUGUUAGUGCAGGAGGUUAUCAGAUAUAACAGGUUGCUAUCAGCCAUUAUUCAAUCCUCACAAGAUUUAUUGAAAGCCAUCAAAGGUUUGGUUGUGAUGUCAGAACCACUUGAGAAAAUGUUCAAUAGUUUGUACAUCAAUGAAGUGCCUACUUUGUGGAGCAGUAAGGCUUACCCCUCAUUGAAACCCCUCGCCUCCUGGAUCGAGGAUCUUCUCGCACGAACAAAGUUCAUCCAGCUAUGGAUCGACCAAGGCGUCCCGACGGUAUUCUGGAUAUCAGGCUUCUUCUUCCCACAAGCCUUUCUUACGGGGACUUUACAAAACUACGCAAGGAAGGAAGUCAUCUCUAUCGACACAAUCACAUUUGAUUUUAAGGUGCUGAAGGAACAUUAUGAAGAUAUAAAGCAGAGACCAGUGGAUGGUUGCUACAUACGUGGCUUGUAUGUAGAAGGGGCAAGAUGGGAUUAUAAUACCGAGAAACUUGGAGAGUCGAGACCCAAAGAACUUUACACUGACAUGGCAACUAUGUGGUUGGUCCCUGCAGGAAACAGGUCGCCUCCCACGAGUGGCGUUUAUAAUUGUCCCAUCUACAAAACGCUGACAAGAGCCGGCACCCUAUCCACUACUGGCCAUUCCACAAACUACGUUAUAUCUGUUGAGGUACCAACAGAUAAGGAACAGAAGCAUUGGGUGAAACGAGGGGUUGCUAUGAUUUGCGCACUGGAUUAUUAACAUUGUUGUUUUGUACACUUAGUAGUUUUAUUUUUAUAGAUUUCAGAAUAUUAUUUUGUUUUAAGUUUGGCACGUUUUGACGUUAGAUUUAAAUAAAUUUGGUUCAAUUUC